AUGACUCUCGAAAAUGAUGAAUUCAAUCAUGCACCGAGUAACCCAAACCUCUCUGAGGUGGGAGACUCACCUACAGGAGAGAUUCUUCCAAGGGAUAGGCAACUGAAAACUCCUACGUACGACUACGCAUAUGAAAAGUCAAUGAGCCACGCAGAGGCAAAGCUUUUUUACCAACAGCACCAGUUUGCUUCUCGAAGCACUGAUGGCGAGACUUCCCAGACCACAGUGCUUCCCAGCUCUUACACCUCAGCAGAAGAUCCGGGCCGUGACAUUCCGCUUGUCAAACCUAGGGACAGCCCAAGCCCAAUAAUUAACACCGCCUCUAGCGAUCGCCCGGGACGGCACUCAGUUAGUGAACACUGGGGUUCAUUUUCAGAUACGCAGAGUCUUGAUUUGCACGAAGAGUACCCAAAGAACAUCAUACACAGUACGGAGCAAGUCUCCAAAUCUCAUGCGAUGUCUUCCGAGGGCCUCGGGGAACAAAGAGCCGGUGCCUCUGAAACAGACGUUGCCCGCCAUGAAUACGAUGGACUGGCAACCAUUGAAAACAUGGUGAAUAUUACGUCAAACAGCAGUACCGUCGCAUCGGAGCUGAAUGUCAUUUGCCGCAAAAUCCAGGGCUUGUUGGAGCGGCGAUCCCAGUAUAUUCAGCUAUCCUUUCAAAGGUCUGAGGAUAAUCCCAAAGACAGCCCUGGCUGGGAUGUUUACCCACCCCCACCGGAGCCAGCCUGGGAAAAUGACAAAGACACUGGGAAAACUCAUACUGAACAGAAGAGAAGAAAGAUGGGCCAGGAUGUUGGUGAAGAUUUCAAUAUGGGCGAAUGCCUCCCUCUCCCUGGGGAAUCAUCUCGGGUUUUCAAGUUGGAUGAAAACAGUGUGUAUCAGGUUUAUGAAAAUGAUGCUGCCGCGGAUUCAGGCCGACCGACUGUUCAAAUCCCUUCAUUGCGGGAUUUCUACAUGGACCUCGAUGCGAUCAUAGAUGUAUCAACUGACGGACCCGCCAAGAGCUUUGCAUUCAAACGACUUUCAUAUCUGGAAGGAAAGUUCCAGCUGUAUACGCUAUUGAAUGAGUAUCAGGAAAUAGCCGAUAGCAAGAAGGUUCCUCACAGAGACUUUUACAAUGUCCGCAAGGUGGACACGCAUGUCCAUCACUCGGCAUGUAUGAAUCAAAAACAUCUUCUUCGUUUCAUCAAAAGCAAGAUGAAGAAGUCUCCUGAUGAAGUUGUCUUAUUCCGAGAUGGAAAACACCUAACCCUAAAAGAAGUCUUUGAAAGUAUCAACCUCACUGCGUACGACCUGAGUAUCGACACCCUUGAUAUGCACGCGCACACCGAUUCCUUCCAUCGGUUUGACAAGUUCAACCUGAAGUAUAACCCCGUGGGCGAAUCAAGGUUACGUGAAAUCUUUCUGAAGACAGACAAUUAUAUCAAAGGAAGGUACUUGGCUGAGAUAACCAAGGAAGUCAUCUCCGACUUGGAAUCAAGCAAGUAUCAAAUGGUGGAAUGGCGCAUCUCAAUUUAUGGGAGAUCCAUCCAAGAAUGGGACAAACUAGCCGCCUGGGUAGUUGACAAUAAGUUGUUUUCCCCUAAUGUCCGCUGGCUUAUACAAGUUCCUCGGCUUUACGACGUUUACAAGUCGAGCGGUAUGAUGGAAAACUUCGAGCAGGUUAUCACAAACGUCUUCCAGCCGCUAUUCGAAGUGACCAAAGACCCCAGCAGCCAUCCAAAACUCCACAUAUUCCUGCAACGCGUCGUGGGCUUUGAUAGUGUUGACGACGAAAGCAAAGCCGAGCGCCGACUAUAUAGGAAAUACCCAAUUCCGAAGGAAUGGAAUACAAAGCAGAACCCACCGUAUAGCUAUUGGAUCUACUUCAUGUUUGCAAACAUUGCCUCUCUGAACACAUGGAGAAAGCAGCGUGGGUUUAACACUUUCGUGUUGAGACCACAUUGUGGCGAGGCUGGUGAUCCCGAUCAUCUUGCGGUUGGAUUUCUUUGCUGCCAUAGCAUUAGUCACGGUAUUCUACUCAGAAAGGUCCCUCUGCUUCAGUAUCUGUUCUAUCUGGAUCGAAUCGGGAUCGCCAUGUCGCCUCUUAGCAACAACGCCCUGUUUCUGACGUAUGACAAGAAUCCUUGUGCUAAUUUUUUCAGAAGGGGUCUGAAUGUAUCGUUGUCCACAGACGACCCACUGCAGUUCGCUUUUACGAAGGAGCCCUUAAUAGAGGAAUAUUCAGUGGCCGCUCAGAUAUACAAAUUUAGCGCGGUGGACAUGUGUGAACUUGCAAAACAUUCGGUCGAGCAGAGUGGAUUUGAGUUAGCAUUAAAGCAGAGAUGGCUGGGCUCCAGCUGCUCUUUGCCGGGAGUAUCUGGGAAUAAUGUCGCAAAGAGCAAUGUCCCGGACAUUCGCGAGGAAUUCCGUCAUCAAACCCUUGUUGGGGAACUAAAACUCAUUGAGAAAUAUUCUCCCGCGUCGCUAGCUGCAACUUCGCCUGCAGACACCAAGAUCCAUUCGAAAUACAAUAUGCCGACGUCUAGCCAAGUUGCAACGUCGCCGUGCGCUCCCAAAUCUGUGGACUUGGCCGUUGCCGUGAGCAAAUCCCCUCUCAGGGCUUCUCCUGGGGCUGGUCAUGUGUAUCCUGAGGCCUCGGGUUCUUCUGAAGAUGGCGCUGGUCAACCCGAUGCGUCCGGCACAGGUACUCAGCCCAUACCGGUACCUCCCACCCGACCAGACGCCUUCUCGGAACAGAAGAUUUUCCCUGGUCUUGUACACGAGAGGGCGAACCGAGUAAAUGUUUCAAGUCAGCCAUACGAGGGAAGCGUUUCGCCCAAUAACCAUGGCUACUCGAAUAGUUGCUCGGAUUCACCCUAG